UUUCACUAUUUUGAACGCACUUAUGAUGUUAAGUUUGUUACAUAAGUUAGAAAAAUGAAGGUGAUUAUUAUUGGAAACACUUCUAGUUGAACAAGAUUGAGACAUUGAAGUGUGUACUUUUCGAGGUUAUAAUUUCGAUAUGUCAACUCUAAAUGCAAAGCUGCAAAUAUCGCAACGAAAUUGAGUUUGAGUAUUUUAUGUACUCGACAUGCGCAGACGAUGUUCAUUAAAUUAAAUAAUUAUCAUUCUACGUGUGAAACAAUUUACUAUUCUACAUUUAGUUGUAUAUAAAAAAACUUUAGGCAGUUUCAUGCAGUUUUUCUACAACAAUUGGCAUUGCCAUGGAAGUAUGAUUCUUUUGAGCGGAGCUUGUGGCGAAUGUACAGAACACGUGCGAGUUACAAAACCAAAGAAUACGAAGGUCGCAAAUUAGUAGGGUUUUCAAUGGAGAAGAUGUAUUAUGUGGUUGCUGAUGUAGGAAAUUACAAGAAUUUUAUACCUUUCUGCAAGAAAUCUGAAAUUACUUUAAAAACUGAAGACUUCCUGAAAGCCAAUCUAGUAAUAGGAUUCCCACCUAUAAAUGAGAGUUACAGUUCAAAGGUGACUAUGGUGUAUCCAAGAAUAGUUAAAGCAGAAUGUAGAGAGGGCAGAUUGUUCGAUCACUUGAAUACGCUGUGGCUUUUCAGUCCUGGACUGAAAAACAAUUCUGAAACAUGUGUGAUUGAUUUUUCCUUGUCUUUUGAAUUUAAAUCUGCCAUUUAUUCUCAUUUUUCAAAUCUCUUUUUCAAUGAGAUUGUAAGACAAAUGGAGAAUGCUUUUCUCAAUGAAGCUGAAAGAAGGUAUGGUCAACCAUGUUUAAGGACAGUAAAAUUGCAAAGGUGAUUAGAUUCAAUUAUAUAGAUAAUUGAAUAUAGAUAACAUAUUUGUUUUUAUGAAUUAAUAAAUUUAUUUAUUGCCAUCAAAAUGUUUUUUUAAAAAUAAGCACAUGUAAAUUUGUUGACAUUAAUGAUAGAUCAAAGAAAAACUCAGAGAUUCUUAAUAUAUAUGCAUAAGGAAUAGAGAUAUCUGUUGAUUUUAGAAUCACUUUUUAUACAAGGGUUACAUAGAAGAGCCAUGUAUCAGAUGUUGAAUAAGUGAUCGAAUUUAUUAAAUUAAAAAGUAAAUCCAUGUUUCGCAUGUUAUAUAAUAUGAAUAAAUGUCAAAAAUAUAUAGGAUUUGAUUAACUGGAACAAGAGAAACAAUUUGUUCCGAUUAGUCAAAUCUCGAUUUUUGCUCUAGUUUUCAUCGAACGUUUGAUUCGUUUGGUUUCAAUUUGGAAUGAAAUAAGAUUAAAAUCAAUAAAAAUUUUUACUUCAAUUUGUUUUCUUCGUAGAAAUAGCAGUUCAGGAGCAAAUUUAAUCGAUAGAAACAAUAAGAAUGAAUGAUACUAAUUUCAACUCUUCCAUUAAAAUUGUUAA